AUGGUUAUGGAAUUGGCACACCACGAUCUUUUUGAUGAAAUCACCCCACAUAUGGGUCAGGGAAAGCAUGAAUGGGUGCGGAAUACUUUCAAGGAGAUUCUACAAGCAAUUAAUCCUCUUCAUAAAAUGGGUUUCGUUCAUGGCGACCUCAAGCCGGAGAAUAUGGCCUACUUCCGUGCUCCCCGAGUUAUCAACGAUCAACACUUCCCUACAAAAGAUGAUCCACUCGUUUUGAAAGUUAUUGACUUUGGAGGAGUCAUGAAAAAGCAGGACUUGCCUAAGGCUUGUGGAGAGAUUGUGACUGGGACUGUGAUGUAUAUGAGUCCUGAACAGGUUGCCUGGUGUGCAGCCCAUGACGAGGAGGAAUUUUUGGCUCGUCGUAAACAAUUCCCGUUGAGCACAAAAUCCGAUACAUGGUCAGCUGGAGUAAUUCUUUACCAAAUGCUCCAUGGAAAAAGCCCUUACCACUGGAUAACUAAAAAAUACGAGCAUCUAGACGAGGAAGAACGUGGGGAAAAGGCAGAUAGCGAGCUCAGACAGACAAUUUUUGACGGUAAAAAGCCAAUAGAAUUUGAUGAAAAAUAUCAAGAUUUACCACUUUUAGAAAUUCGCUGUUUGGCCCGAAACCCUGACGAUCGUCCAGAAAUUGAGCAACUUUUACACGAAAUGGAUAAGUUAGGACAUCGUGUGGAGCAAUUGGAAGGUAAACUUGAAAAACUCGAAAAAGAGACGGAAGAUUUGAGAGAAGAAAAGGAGGAGAGAGAGGAAGAGAAAGAGAGAGACGAGGAAGAGAAGAAGGAUGAUGAGGAUGACGAGAAAUAUGAAGAGGAGGAAAGGGAAGAGGAAGAACAUCGUUUAGCUGAGGAAAGGAUGAAGAAACAGGCCGAAGAAAAUGCCCGUUUACAACAAGAAGCCCGUUUCCGUUAUGAACAAGAAAUGGCUCGACGUCGCCAGGCACAACAGGCUAAUUUGCAAUUUUUCUGGAACAAUUUUCUUGGAGGAAUGAACAAUGGAUAUGGAUUCUUUCCAUUGAGAAAUCAAUUUCAAAACAAUCAGGUAGGCCAAAAUUUUUACCCGAACAACAUCAACAACAACAAUUUCGCUCCUCCUCGUAUGCCCCAACUGGCUAUGCCUCCUCCUCUCAACGUUUUCCCCCCUCAAACGAUGUCGCCUAUUCCACCUCAAAAACCUGCGCAAACACCACAACAGGCAUAUCCUCAAACUCAAAAAUUUAUUUUUCCUGGAUUGAUGGAGCAUUUGAAGGAAAUCCAUGCAAUUCGUGCAAGUGAGAAGUAG